AUGACGCUAGAAAUGCUUGGGACAUCCAAGUCACGGAGCUGCUUUGGUUACCCCUUGAGCAUCUUCUUCAUCGUGGUCAAUGAAUUCUGUGAAAGAUUCUCCUACUAUGGGAUGCGAGCACUCCUGGUUCUGUACUUCAGAAACUUCAUUGGCUGGGAUGACGAUCUGUCCACGGCCAUCUACCACACAUUCGCUGCCCUGUGCUACCUGACUCCAAUUCUUGGAGCGCUGAUCGCAGACUCCUGGCUGGGGAAGUUCAAGACAAUUAUUUCAUUAUCCAUCGUCUACACUAUUGGACAGGCGGUCAUCUCAGUGAGCUCAAUUAAUGACCUCACGGACCACAACCAUGAUGGCACUCCUGACAUCCUUCCCGUGCAUGUAGCACUGUCCAUGAUCGGCCUGGUCCUGAUAGCCUUUGGAACAGGAGGAAUCAAGCCCUGUGUGUCUGCAUUUGGUGGCGAUCAGUUUGAAGAGGGCCAGGAAAAACAGAGAAACCGAUUCUUUUCCAUCUUUUAUUUGGCCAUCAAUGCUGGAAGCCUGCUCUCCACGAUUAUCACUCCCAUUCUUAGGGUUCAACAAUGUGGAAUCCACAGUCAACAAGCUUGUUACCCACUGGCCUUUGGGGUUCCGGCGGCUCUCAUGGCUGUUUCCCUAAUUGUGUUUGUCCUUGGCAGUAGGAUGUACAAGAAGGUCCAGCCCCAGGGCAACAUCAUGAGCAAAGUGGCCAAAUGCAUCGGUUUUGCCAUCAAAAACAGAUUUAGGCACCGAAGUAAGACAUUUCCCAAGAGGGGGCACUGGCUGGACUGGGCAAAAGAGAAGUACGACGAGCGGCUCAUCUCACAAAUUAAGAUGGUCAUGAAGGUGAUGACCCUGUAUAUUCCACUCCCCAUGUUCUGGGCCUUGUUUGAUCAGCAGGGCUCCAGAUGGACGCUGCAAGCAACAACCAUGAGUGGGAAGAUUGGAGCCAUUGAAAUUCAGCCAGACCAGAUGCAGACGGUGAAUGCCAUCCUGAUUGUCAUCAUGGUCCCCAUUAUGGAUGCUGUGGUGUACCCUCUCAUUGCAAAAUGUGGUCUCAAUUUCACCUCCCUGAAGAAGAUGACAGUUGGGAUGUUCCUGGCUUCCAUGGCCUUCGUGGCGGCUGCAAUUGUACAAGUGGAAAUUGAUAAAACUCUGCCAGUCUUCCCUGGAGGAAAUCAAGUCCAAAUCAAGGUCUUGAAUAUCGGAAACAAUAACAUGACUGUGUAUCUUCCUGGAGAUACUGUGACACUUGAACAAAUGUCUCAAACAAACAGAUUCCUGACUUUUGACGUAGACAAGUUGACAAGCAUAAACGUGUCUUCUCCUGGGUCCCCAGUCACUGCCGUAACUCAUGACUUUGAGCCAGGCCAUCGUCACACCCUUCUAGUAUGGGCCCCCAGUCGUUACCUCGUGGUAAAAGAUGGACUUAACCAGAAGCCAGAAAAAGGAGAAAAUGGAAUCAGAUUUGUUAACACCCUUAACGAGAUGCUCACCAUCACAAUGAGUGGGAAAGUGUACGAAAAUAUCACCAGUUACAACGCCAGCAACUAUCAGUUUUUUCCUUCUGGAGUAAAAGACUUCACAAUAAACUCCACAGAGAUUGCAUCAGACUGUCAACGUGCUUUUAAAUCUUCCAACCUUGACUUUGGCAGUGCAUAUACCUAUGUGAUCAGAAGGGCGAGUGAUGGCUGCCUGGAAGUGAAGGAAUUCGAAGACAUCCCGCCCAACACAGUGAACAUGGCCCUGCAAAUCCCGCAGUACUUCCUUCUCACCUGUGGCGAAGUGGUCUUCUCUGUCACGGGACUGGAGUUCUCAUAUUCCCAGGCCCCUUCUAACAUGAAGUCGGUGCUUCAAGCAGGCUGGCUUUUAACCGUGGCGGUUGGCAACAUCAUCGUGCUCAUUGUGGCGGGGGCCGGCCACUUCGAAAAACAGUGGGCCGAGUACGUUCUGUUUGCCUCACUGCUUCUGGUCGUCUGCGUGAUAUUCGCCAUCAUGGCUCGAUUCUACACCUAUGUCAACCCAGCAGAGAUCGAAGCACAGUUUGAUGAGGAUGAGAAGAAGAAGGGCACAGGGAAGGACAACCUGUAUCCCGCACUGGAACCUGUCUCACAGACAAAUAUGUGAGGGUCAGGAGGCAAGGGGAGCCCCAGAUUCCCACAUGCGCCCUGAUCUCUGCCCCAAGGGUGAGGACACCACUGUGUAGCCCUUGAUGGAGAAGACUUCAGACUGUGAACCAAAAUAACAACAAAGCUGCUUUCUAAGCUGCCAGCUAUGAAUCUGAAACUCUAGUGGGAGCCUUUUAAUUGCUUUUUUUUUGUGGGGGGGAGUUUCUUGGGGGAGUUUCAAGACAGGGUUUCUCUGUGUAGCCUUGGCUGUCCUGGAACUCACUUUGUAGAUCAAGCUGGCCUCGAACUCACAGAGAUCUACCCGCCUCUGCCUCUGGAAUGCUGGGAUUAAGGCAUGCCCCACCACACCCAGCUUUAUUUAAAGCACACACUUCAUUUUUUUUUUUAAACACUGGGCCAUAUCUUGCUUUCCUGCCACAGAACUGAACUUAGUUCAGACUAACUUAAUUUUGAAAAAGUAACUGUACUGUUUUUUUUCUAACACUUUUAUGAAAACAAGGUUGAAUUUACAGAGGGCUUUUUUAAUAUUAUAUAGUGAGUAUCAGCUAGUUUAAGCUGAUAACUUUACCUUGAGUUUUUUGUUUGUUCAUAUGUUUUUCUAGUUUUCUUUGCCCUACCUUUUUAAAUUAUAUGUAACUCAAAAGACCAUCCAGUGAAGGCCAGUCGUGAGCUGUGAAGUGACUGGUGUGAGAUAAACUCUUCUUCUUCAGAACAUGUGUUCAUGUGUCUUUGGGUAGGGUGGGAAACCUUUCCAAUGCUGUCUGGUUAUACUACUACAUACGUGCUCCUUCAGAUGUCUUCAGAAGUUUUAUUAAAGCUUUUAUUAAAGCAUCAACAAAAGCAAUAUUCACAUAGGGGAAACCCCAGAAACA